AUCCACACUGCAGGGAUGCAUGGGACAUGGCUGCUGAGCUCUGCCUCUCUCAACUUCCGUCUUUAGUUGAGGAUCCUAGCGCUGAAUUUCAGCCUAGUACAUUUUUCACUGAGCAGCUGACAGCAUUUGAGGUAUGGCUUGACCAUGGUUCUGAACAUAAGAAACCACCAGAGCAGUUGCCUAUAGUUCUUCAGGUUUUACUUAGUCAAUGCCAUCGGUUUCGGGCUUUAGUACUCCUUGGAAGGUUCCUUGAUAUGGGGCAAUGGGCUGUAGAUCUGGCAUUAUCUGUUGGAAUAUUUCCUUAUGUUCUAAAGCUGUUACAAACAACAACACCAGAACUACGUCAGAUCCUUGUAUUCAUAUGGACAAAGAUUCUUGCACUUGAUAAGGUACUUUUGGAGGAGGAUAAUUGUCUUUUAAGAAAAUGUUUAUUACACAAGUUUUGCUUAAAAUGUAUGUAAGUGCAUGUUUGGUUU